AUGGGUCCUGCGAUGCUUAUGGCUUUUAGUUCGUGGAACUGCGUGCUAUUGCUGGUGGUCCUUACAUGUUCGGAAGCAUCAUCGUAUGUUAAUGAGUCCUCCAAUCCCACUGCACAGCAGGCACCUGAUGCUCGGUUUGCUGCUUCCAGCUCAGACCCCGAGGAAGGGAUAUCUGUUUUUGAACUGGAUUAUGACUAUGUUCAAAUCCCUUAUGAAGUUACCCUCUGGAUACUGCUCGCAUCUCUUGCAAAGAUAGGUUUCCAUCUUUACCACAGGCUGCCGCACCUCAUGCCAGAGAGCUGCCUCCUCAUCCUCGUGGGAGCGCUGGUGGGCGGCAUCAUUUUUGGCACCCACCACAAAUCGCCUCCGGUGAUGGAUUCGAGCAUUUACUUCCUCUACCUCCUCCCACCUAUUGUGUUGGAAAGCGGCUACUUCAUGCCCACCAGACCCUUCUUUGAAAACAUCGGCUCUAUCCUAUGGUGGGCAGGCCUGGGGGCCCUGAUCAACGCCUUUGGCAUUGGGCUCUCUCUCUACUUCGUCUGUCAGAUCAAGGCCUUUGGCCUUGGUGACAUCAACCUGCUACAGAAUCUGCUCUUUGGGAGCCUCAUCUCGGCGGUGGACCCUGUGGCCGUGCUGGCUGUUUUCGAGGAGGCACGGGUGAAUGAACAGCUUUACAUGAUGAUCUUCGGGGAGGCCCUGCUCAAUGACGGAAUCAGCGUGGUCUUAUACAACAUACUAAUUGCUUUCACUAAGAUGCAUAAAUUUGAGGACAUAGAAGCAGUGGACAUUUUGGCCGGGUGUGCCAGAUUCGUCAUCGUGGGGUGCGGGGGAGUAUUUUUCGGCAUCAUUUUUGGAUUCAUUUCCGCAUUUAUCACACGUUUCACUCAGAACAUCUCUGCGAUCGAGCCCCUCAUCGUCUUCAUGUUCAGCUAUCUGUCUUACUUAGCAGCGGAGACGCUUUAUCUCUCCGGAAUCCUGGCCAUCACUGCUUGUGCAGUGACCAUGAAAAAGUACGUGGAAGAGAACGUGUCCCAGACAUCAUACACGACCAUCAAGUACUUCAUGAAGAUGCUGAGCAGCGUGAGUGAGACCUUGAUCUUCAUCUUCAUGGGCGUGUCCACCAUUGGGAAAAACCACGAGUGGAACUGGGCUUUCAUCUGCUUCACUCUGCUCUUCUGCCAGAUCUGGAGAGCAAUCAGCGUAUUUACCCUCUUCUAUGUCAGUAACCAGUUUCGGACUUUCCCCUUCUCCAUCAAGGACCAGUUCAUAAUAUUCUACAGUGGCGUGAGAGGAGCAGGAAGCUUCUCCCUUGCAUUUUUGCUUCCUCUGUCCCUUUUUCCUAGGAAGAAAUUGUUUGUUACUGCAACUUUAGUGGUUACAUACUUUACUGUAUUUUUUCAGGGAAUGACAAUUGGCCCACUGGUCAGGUACCUGGAUGUCAGAAAGACCAAUAAAAAAGAAUCCAUCAAUGAAGAGCUUCACAUCCGUCUUAUGGAUCAUCUGAAAGCUGGGAUUGAAGAUGUGUGUGGACAGUGGAGUCACUACCAAGUGAGAGAUAAGUUCAAGAAGUUUGACCAUAGAUAUUUACGGAAAAUUCUAAUCCGGAGGAACCUGCCAAAAUCAAGCAUCGUUUCUUUGUAUAAGAAACUGGAGAUGAAGCAGGCCAUUGAGAUGGUAGAGACCGGAAUACUGAGCUCUGUGGCUUCUCCGGCAUCCUAUCAGCCUGAGAGGAUACAGAGAAUCAAGCGGCUUUCUCCUGAAGAUGUGGAGUCCAUGAGGGACAUUCUCACAAGAAACAUGUACCAAGUUCGGCAAAGAACCCUGUCCUACAACAAAUACAACCUCAAACCCCAAACGAGUGAGAAGCAAGCCAAAGAGAUUCUGAUUCGUCGCCAGAACACCUUGAGGGAGAGCAUGCGGAAAGGCCAGAGUCUGCCCUGGGGAAAGCCGGCAGGCACCAAGAACUUUCGAUACCUCUCCUUCCCUUACAACAAUCCCCAGGCAGCAAGGAGAGAGGCAGGGGCUGCUGAAUCUACAGAUGAUGAUGGCACUGAUUCAGGAUUCCAGCCUUUGAUGUUCAGCACACACUCAAGAGCAGGGUCCCUUCAGGAAAGGCGACCGACCCAGGCAAUGAUCCCAAUGAAGGGGCUGCAGAGUGGAGAGAAGACGCUUAGCUUCGGCUACCGAAGCAACACCAGUCGGGAGGAACGGGCUGGAUGGCAUGGGAUGGAUGUCCUCCAGCGCAAGCCACUGUUUUAUGCAGUAGAUGAGGAGUAUGACUCUGGAGAGCACACGGAGGAGGAGACCUCGGUAACCCUGUCCAGAUGGACAGCUGAGCACAGACACAGCAGAGAGCACCACAAAUCCCACAGUCCUUUGCUCCAUAGGAAAUAGACCAUCGUCCCACAGUCCUUUGCUCCAUAGGAAAUAGACCAUCGUUCUCAGAUUGCUGCUGGUUCUUUCCUGAGUCCCAUAUCCUACUUUAUAAAAUGAAAAUUCUUCCAGUCGGGAACAGUUACUAAGUUUGUGGUUUUUUUUUUUUUUUUUUUGAAACUUCCGGACACCAUUCUAUAGAAGUAGGGUGAGCUUUCACAGUGUACUCAAAGGCUAAGCCAUGCUCUUGUGCCUUUGUAGACGAAUUCUGUGUGCAGCAGAACAUCGUCCUUCUCUGAGUAACCAGCC